ACAAAUUACAAUAAUAUGAAUAAAUGUAAUCCAAAAACCUAUCUUUGCUAGAUUUGGUUUCAGUGCUCUUCAAUUACCAAUAAUUCUAUAAAUGAUAAUAUUUGUCAGUUAUUAUUUAUAAUUUUUAUGCCAUUAUGACCAAAGUGACAUAUAGGAGUUAAUUGAAGAGUCCCUGAUAUUGUAAACGUCCGAAAGAUGUUGAUUAACGGUUCAAUAUCCAUUCAGGAUCAAUCGAUGCCGGUACAAAAUCAAAUCCGGCCUCUUCGUUCGUGUUUAUUGAGUAAAAAGGUAAAUGGAAAUUAUGUUCUGUGUAUUAAAAAUUCAAUGUAUCCAAAUUGUAUUAACUAUAACGUGAAAAACUUGGAAGCAGUACACGCGAAAUUCGCCAAAGAAGGAAAAAUCACACUACGAUUCAAACAGCCGAAGCAUCAGAUUUCGGUCAAAGCCGAUGACACUAAAAUGCUACUCAUGUUUUUACGACAGCUCGAGGAUAUUAUUAAGGGAAAAGAUGUAAAAAUCGGCACUCGCCUAAUCCCUAAUAAAGUACCCGCGAAAAAAGACGUCAACCGUUUUGAUCCUGCAGCUCGUGAAUUUAAAGCCGUUGACCGUUUCGAUAGACGUGUUUUAAAUAUGAGACAGUUGAAUUCGCUUAUUUUAGAAAACUGUGUUCUACCUACUUUACCCGAACAAAUUGGUGAUCUACCAAUUUCGUUUCUCAGCUUGGCGGGCAGUAAACUGGCUACUUCAUCACAAUAUGAUCAAGACAUCUUUUGGGAUUGGAUGUCUAAAACUACUAUUGGAAAUACUUUGAAAAACCUCAACAUUGAUUCCGUAAAUUUGACUAUAGUGCCAUUUGAGAUAAUGUUUUUGAGAAAUCUUCAAAGUUUAUCUUUAACAAAAAAUAAAUUGACACAUUUGCCAGACUGUAUUGGAGAACUAGAUAAGUUGCACUCGCUCUCAUUAUCGGACAAUAAGUUAAGAUUUAUGCCGGCCCGUUUAUCUCUGAAGGAGUUCUUAUUACUAGAUCUUGCACAAAAUAAUUUUUUAAAUUACCAACAAGACAUUGACAUUUUAGACAAGUUUCAUGAAAAUUGUAAAAAUGUUGCAAGAGAAUGGGGAACACCUUUGAGUUAUAAGAAUUUAGUGUCCCUCAGUAUUUGCUCAAUUAUACGUGACCAUGUUACCUUCAGUAGAAAAAAUAUACCUAGAACACUCUGGCACUUGUUUGAUACAGUAGGUCGAUGUGGGACGUGCAAAAAAAUUGUGCCUUAUGAAUGUUUUACAUCCUUAAUUUAUUUUCGUGACCCACAAGCAAGAGAAUACAAAUGUAGCAUUUCUAAGACAAUUCCAUGGUUGCAAUUACUGUGUUUUAAAUGUGUUGUGCUAUUAUGAAACUUUGUUUAAGUAUAAUUUGUAAAUAAAAUUUCUUACCUUUUCUUUUAAUGUGGAAUUAUUUUGUUUAACGUAUAAGUUAUC